AUGGACGUGAAUGACUGCCCUCCACGCUUCUCUGAGUUCGGCUACACAGCCCUGGUGGCCGAGAACAGCGAGGUGGGCACCACCGUCACCAUCCUCACGGCCGCUGAUGACGAUGAAGGAAACCAUGGCCAGAUCCAGUACAGCCUCGGCCCCGAUGAAAGCGCUGUAGUGAAGUCAACUUUCCGCAUUGAUCCACACACUGGGACGCUGACCCUGGCGGCCCCGCUGGACCGCGAGACCAUGGCCCAGUACUCCUUCACUGUCACUGCCACUGACGGGGGCCCCAAGCCUCUGUCCACCAGCACAAGAGUCACUGUACUGGUCAAGGACUACAACGACAACCCUCCAGUGUUCACCAAAGACACUUACGUCACUGCUGUGCCUGAGGACACCGCCACGGGCACGGCGGUGGAGCUCAGCGUGACGGACGCCGACGAGUCUGUGGCCGAACUUGACUUCUUCAUCACCGGCGGCGACCCUGACGGCCAAUUCCUGGUGCACGCCUCAGGGGAGGUGGGUGGGAGGGAUGCUGGACCGGGAGAGGCACGCCAAGUACACCUCACCGUCACCGUCACCGACGUGAAGUUUACGGCCAACACGACUGUUACUGUGACAGUCAUCGACAUCAACGACAACGGUCCGGUGUGCAAGGAGCCAAUCUACCGUCGGGAGAUCUCUGAGGAUGCCACCCCAGGCACCCAGGUGGCCUCUGUUGUGUCCUGGUAUGCCGAUGAAGGCACUGCUGCCUGGAGCCGCUACAUUCUCACCGGGGACAGCGCCCACCACUUCAGUAUUGACCAGCUGAAUGGCCACGUGGCCACAGCCACCCAGCUGGACAGAGAGGCACGGGACCACUACCACCUCACUGUUGUGGUGGAGGACUGGGAGCACAAGGCCUGGCAGUGUGAGGUGGUGGUGGAGGUCCUGGUGACGGACACCAACGACAACCCCCCGUCCUUCUCCCUGGCCACCCACGCCGCCACCCUGCUGGAGGACGCGCCCAUCAACACCAUCGUCCUCAAGACAUCUGCCACGGACCCUGACCUCGGCAUCAAUCGACAGCUGCUGUACAACUUUGUGGACUCAGCGGAGGGCCACUUCACCAUUGACGAGAUGGAGGGUGUGGUCAGCCUGGCCCGGCCCCUGGACCGUGAGACAAGGGACUCCUACAGCCUGACAGUGUGCGCCGUGGACCAGGGAAGCCCACCGCUGUCAUCCACCACGCAGCUCAUCGUCACAGUCUCAGGUCUUCGUGGAGGUCGAGGACGUGAACGACCACAUGCCCCAGACGGAGGAGCCCGCCUACCACUCCUACGUGGCCGAGAACCUGCCGCCGGACACCUCCGUCAUAGCGCUGCGGGCCUCGGACGGCGACCUGGCGCCCUCCAACAUCUCCUUCGCCAUCACCAAAGGCGCCCUCACAACCCUGGUACCGCUGGACAGGGAGGAACAGGCGGAGUACGAGCUGUGGGUGCGGGUGAGCGACGGCCAGCUGUCCUCCGUCAUCUCGGUCUUCAUCACCGUGAGCGACGUCAACGACAACCCGCCCGAGUUCCUGGAGCCGCUCUACCGCGUCACCGUCCCCGCCCGCAGCAAGACCAAGAAACGGGAGGCGCUCUUCAGGGUAAGUGGCCCCCUGCUUGAAGGCUUACACGCUCUUUAUCUCUCAUCAUAAACAGUCUCAAAGUGAAUGUGGGGAAGUAUUUAGAGCCCGCAUUCUUAUACUCUCUCUUCUCUCAUCUCAAACAGUUUCUCACGCCAUUUUGGGAGUUUGAAAGUAAACGUAGGGAAGUAUUUAGGUAAGUGGCCCCCUGCUUGAAGGCUUACACGCUCUUCUCUUAUCAUAAUAGAGUCUCACCUCCGACUUCAGGAGUUUGAAAGUGAAUGUGGGGGCACCGUUGCCAGAUUAUCGUACUCAGAGCCUCGUAUUUACCGGUUUCUGAGCCAUAGCUUUUGCCAAAAAACACCAAUAUAAUCAACCAUUUUAACGAUAACUAUAUAUGAAGGCAGUUGUUGGGGUCGAGGAGGCAGUUUUGGGGUCGGAAAACGGCAAACAUAGGAAGCUGAGUACGACAAUCUGGCGACGUUGUACAGUGGGGGAAG